UAACAAAUAUGGCGGACAUAACCAAUGGCGACAACUUCUUGUUGUAGACUUAUCGAACUAAAAAGACGAUCAAUUGAAAAAUAUGGCGGCAAGUACCUUCAGGAUCCUGACUAAGGAAUAUGGUGAUGAUGUCUUGGAACAAUUUUGAGGAGUUUAAGAGAUUUACCAGAAGUGGUGCAAAUGUUAGGAAAAAGAGGCCUGCAUCUAGUGUAGGCUGGCAAAACUCUUCGACACGAAAGAGACGACAAACCAGCAGUGACUCAAUUUAUUAUUCAUCUAAACCUGAAAGUGUCAAUGAGAUUGAAGGCUUUUCCACUGAUGAAGAAGAUGAUGUGCUUCUUGAUUCUGACUCAGCUUCUACUUUGUGUUUGUGGAGGAAUAUAAGUAAACCCUCUAUCAAGAGAAAGUAUUCUGAUUGGAGAAGUCUCUCAGAGAAAAGAGUUUCAGCAUUAGAUGGUCAGAGAUUAAGUCAUACUGACCCUGUGCCAAAGAGUGGGGAUGGAGGGGAUAACAGAGGCAGUGACUUCAUACCUGAUGGAGCUCAUGAUCUGCUGAUGCAUUGUUCAAACACACCCACUGAGGAUGAAAUUGUUUGGUGUGCAAGUGAUGAAGAAGAAUUACCCUGCAAUGUCUUUGGUGAUACAGGUGGUGAUUCAAACGCAAAAUGUCUUCUAAGUGAGACAAAACAGGGAGAUGUAAUAAAAUCAAGGAUAUUAAGCCGUGUCCAACCUACAAGGAUCAUACCUGCAAGUACCUCAGCCAAGGAUGAAAACAUAAUAAGUGAUUUUGAAACAGAUCAAGGGAGUUCACAGGAGUCUUUAUCAGCUGACAUAACUGUCCUCACCCCCACCCCUGUUAGCCCUGUUGUUGUUGGGACACCAAAGACUGCCAGUGAGUGGCUUAAACAAGUUCAACAAAAUUCCCCUCAGAAAAGUGAAGUGGAGAUGUCUCCAGAGGGGAGGGGUGUUGGUCUGAAUUAUGAUUCUGCCAAGAAGAAGAGAAAAUUUUUUAGGUCUGGUUUGGCACAGCAUUUGCAGCAUAUCAUUUCUCGAGAAAAUUCAGAGAAGGCAUUCUGGAAUCACAGAGUAACAGAAACAGAACAGAGCCGGAAGACUAAACCUUCCCAAAUGGAUAGCUGUCUAGUCGUUCAGAUCAUAUCUGACCAGCCUCAGGGUUUAAUUCAUCUGACACAGUGUUUGUUGUGCAGCAAAGAGAUAAGUCUCCGACAGAAGUUUCUGUUUGUCCUAUUCACAUGUGAAACUUGGAGGCAGUUUGCCUUGCAUACUGGAGCUAUGGUAAAAAUUUAUCCUCCAUGGCAGAGACUGGAUAUAACCGGGUGUCCUUGGCCUGUUCUGCUGUGUACAUACUUCUGCGAGCAGCACUCUGCACCCCCGGAUCAGUUGCCUGCUAAAAGCUUACAGUCACCCAAAGGUGGCUUAUGUGUUCCACUAAACCAUGAGUUCAAUUCAUCACAUCUUCAUCAAUCACCGAAAGAAAAUUUCACACCUUCAAAGUUACUGUUCGACGAUAUUGAUGGUGAAAAUACCAAACAAAAUACAAAAGCAGUCACUGUGUCAACAUUACUUACUGCUCAGCCUGCUCAACCUGCUCAGCCUGUCAGGUCAAGAAGCAGUAGAGGAAGCAAACCUGACACAUCAAUACUCAAUGCAAUAGAAUCCAGUGGAGGCUGUAGUGGAGUGCUUGCCACUUUUCAGUGUUUGGUUCAGCGAGUGUAUUGCAAGAAAACCCAGCUUACAAAGGAAACCGAACGAACACAGAGCUUCUUCUUGUUAAAUGAACAACUACGAUCACAGGCCAAAUCAGUAAAAGAGAUUGCUUAUGAAGAAUUAAGCUGGUUUCUCCUGGUCCAAGACGUUCACGGCAUGUUUGCUGAAGUACAAGUUCCUGCACGCUUUCAAGACUCCAAUGACUGGAAGUCUUGCAUAGCUAAUGGGGAAAACCAAGUGUUUGUCUUUUUAAAUGUGAAAGUUAGAAAGAGAACCAACAGAAUAAGAUCACCUGGACUUUUCGGUGUUAUACAGUCAUUAUUGUGUUCAAAUGAUGACAACAACACAGCAAAGCAGGUGGAUAAAAGCAAACAGACUGUGACUCAGGAGAAUAAGAUUGAAGAAACCCUCUCAAACUGUGCGCCAGACUUCUGUUAUGUAUUAGCAGUCCAAGAGUCAAGUCGAACAAUGCUCUGCCAGGAGACAGAUGAUUGUGGUGACAGUAGGAAAACACUGGGUUCGCUCUACAAACCUGACCCUGUCAGGACAUUAAAUGAUUUCCUUCAGGUUCAGGACACAGUCAAUGACCCGCAACGAGUCAGCGCAUUAUGCAUGUUGCUGUACUGCCGUUCAACUGGAUCAUCCACUGCGGGUAACAACGAUUAUUCUUGUCCCUUCGAGUUGUUCGUUACAGACGCCUCUUUAAAAUACGGAACAAAGUCUUUGGAGAGCUCUGACGGAUUCCUCCCAUAUGUGAAAAUAACUGGAAAGAGUUCCCACGUGUUACCUUCAGAGCUGAGAGCUGUGCCCACGAAUUGUGGAAUGAACCUUUCCGCCAAGCAUUUACUUUUAAAAGCCCAAGAAUCCCACGAGCUAUUUGCUGAUUCGUAUUCUGUGAUCAGAAAAGUUGUUCCCCAUUCCACUGCGGGGGCUAACGGCUCGCUCUACGUAGAGUCUAUACCAGAGGAGAUUCUGGAAAGUCUCGACACCUUGAAACCACUUUGUCUUCCUGACCUAACAGUUCAUUCGUGUCUUGGUUUCAUUUAUCGCAUGGAAGGUUUGUCUUUCGUUUUGAUUUGUGAUCACAAAAUUUUUAACAGUUAUCCUGGCUGUAGACUUGGACAUUUUCUCGCUGCCCUAUUGCAGCUUUAUCAGAGUACAAUUGAUAAACUGUUGCUCAAGUCCUGUCAAGACAGUGAUCAGGGAUAUGAUAUUGAUACUGUUUUAGGCAAACGGCUUGGACCACUAAACUGUUACGUCACAGAUCUUUCCAAACAACAACAUGGCAGCCUUGCUAAGACUAGCUUUACUGUGGAGGAGAUACGGAUCCAGUAGAUCAAACCAAGGAGAACAAAGGACAUCAUGAAUAUUACAGUUGACACGUUAUAUCAAAAACUUCACAUCCUCAAAGAAAAAGGACAAAAACUGCUUCAACGCAAUAACACCAUGAGAAAGAUCAAGCAGAGCAAAAUAUGUGUGCAAAAAGACGCCAUCCUCAUUACACUACUUGGAGUCGUUGGCUGUCUGAUUCUGUCUCCGUUUCUUCUUAUCUCAGUUGUUGUUAUGGCGCCCUUAGCUUUACUUUUCUGUUCGGCAAUGGCGCUUCUCAUAAUGUCGUUCUUAUUUAUUUUCGGAUUUCUUCUGAAUUGUUGUUUGGUAAUGUUUGCAGUUGUAUCGUCAUGUUACAUAUUGUACCACAUCUGCUGGCUCGCCAUUUGCCGAAUCCAAACAUAUUGUACGUUCAUAGAGUGUUCUCCCUCAUCUUCGUGUCAGUACCUUAGAGCGCGAAUGUGCCAGGUUUUAUUACAGCUCGUAGAUAGUUUGUCUGACGACAUACCGCAGCAAAGAAAGGAUGGUCGAAGAUACAUGAGACCUAGCGAUUCGAGUGAGCUGGAAGAUAUUGAGCCAGAUUACCGAGACAGAGAAACCAAACUGUACGACGCUUUAGUGAACAGUCCUCAGAAAACUGGCAAGGACACCUUUGAACCGUUCCCAUAUUGAAACUGUUAUACGCAUGAAA